AUGACGACUCGCCCUACUGUGACCAUCACUUCGGCGGAUGGUACUGACAGUGGCUCGACUCACCCCCUGCCAGCAGUCUUCUCCUCGCCGAUUCGACCAGACAUUGUACAGACUGUCCAUACUGGCAUGGCAAAGAACAAGCGACAACCAUACGCAGUUAGCGAGAAAGCCGGAGAGCAGACUUCGGCAGAAUCUUGGGGAACCGGUCGCGCUGUUGCACGUAUCCCGCGAGUCUCUGGUGGCGGUACGCAUCGUGCUGGACAAGCCGCCUUUGGUAACCAAUGUCGCUCUGGUCGAAUGUUCGCACCCACUAAGGUCUGGCGGAAAUGGCAUCAGAAGGUCAACUUGGGUCAAAAACGCUUCGCCACUGCUUCAGCUAUUGCCGCCUCAUCAGUUCCAGCUCUUCUCCUCGCUCGCGGCCACCGCAUUUCUACUGUACCCGAAGUUCCCCUUGUAAUCGAUUCGAAAACAUUUGAAGGCGCAGCGAUUGUCAAGACUUCUGCUGCUGUGUCUCUACUAAAGGCCGUUGGUGCGGGUCCGGACGUCGUUAAGGUGCAAAAGUCUCGCAAGCUACGGGCUGGUAAAGGAAAGAUGCGAGGACGUCGUUAUCGUCAAAGACGUGGUCCACUAGUUGUUUACAACCCGGACACAGAUGGCAAGGAACUGGUGCGGGCUUUCCGAAAUAUCCCAGGUGUCGAGACUUCGUCUGUCUACGCACUCAACCUUCUUCAGCUGGCGCCGGGUGGUCAUCUAGGCCGAUUCGUCAUCUGGACCUCCAGUGCCUUUGCUGCUCUCGAUGACAUCUACGGAUCUACCACUGCUCCUUCGGCCCUCAAGAAAGACUUCCUGUUACCUUCCAACGUGGUAUCAAAUGCCGACAUCACACGCCUCAUCAACUCAUCCGAGGUCCAGUCUGUUUUGAGAGAGCCGAGGGGCUAUCCUACAACAAAGCGUUCUGGAGUACAGAAGAAGAAUCCUCUGCGCAACAGACAGGUGUUACUGAGACUGAACCCAUAUGCGUCUGCUUUCUCAAAAGAAAAACUUGGUCAGAAGAGCAUCGAACAGGAAAAUCCCAAGGGCGCUGGGGAGGAGUUCACCAAGAUCCUGCAUGAGAACUAG